UCCGCCAUCUCUUUCCUAUUUUUCGAAAAAGAAAAACUUAGGAGCAGCUCUAGCCCCCAGCCCCGCCAUGUCCGCUAUUGCUACUUCUGCUGCCCUUUCUUUUCCUUUCUCUUUUUGUCGCUCAACUAAGGCUUAUACAAGAAAGUGUUUCGAAGGUGGAUUUGGAGUGUUUGCUGUGUAUGAGGAGGUGUCGGGUGAGUUAAAAAACAAGAAUAGCUCCUGGUUGACAAUCUUUGAUGUGGAAGAUCCAAGGUCAAAAUUUCCUCAGUCUAAAGGGAAGUUCCUGGAUGCAAAUCAAGCUUUAGAAGUUGCUAGAUUUGAUAUACAAUAUUGUGAUUAGCGAGCUCGUCAAGACGUACUUACCAUAAUGCUCCUGCACGAAAAGCAAGUCGUGUGACUGGUGGAUACUAUGUGAGUAGGUUGUGGAAGUAUUGAAUCCUCUAGCACGGGAGUAUAAAUCUAUUGGAACUGUGAAGAAGGAACUCGCGGAUUUACAAGAAGCGCUUUCUCAGGCUCAUAAAGAGGUACAUAUAUCUGAGGUGCGGGUUUCUGCUGCUUUAGAUAAGCUAGCUUACAUGGAAGCAUUGGUUAAUGAUGGGCUUCUACCAGAGAGGAGUACAGAAGAAUCAGAUUCCCCGUCCUCAUCCCCCAGUACGUCUACAGUAUCUAGAGAUACUGUUAAAAGCCAGCAGCCUAGGAGAACCCUCAAUGUGUCAGGGCCUGUUCAAGAAUACAGUCCCCAUUUGAAGAACUUCUGGUAUCCUGUUGCUUUCUCCGCUGAUAUUAAGGAUGACACCAUGAUACCAAUUGAUUGCUUUGAGGAACCAUGGGUGAUUUUUCGCGGGAAAGAUGGAAAACCUGGAUGUGUCCGGAACUCAUGUGCACAUAGAGCGUGCCCCCUUCAUUUGGGUUCAGUGAAAGAGGGUCGCAUCCAAUGUCCUUAUCAUGGGUGGGAAUAUUCAACAGACGGAAAAUGUGAGAAAAUGCCAUCAACAAAAAUUCUGAAUGUUAAGAUCAAAUCUCUGCCAUGCUUUGAGCAAGAAGGAAUGAUAUGGAUUUGGCCUGGAAAUGAUCCUCCUCCAGCCACUCUUCCUUCUUUACUUCCACCUUCUGGAUUUCAAAUCCAUGCAGAGAUAGUUGUGGAACAUGGGUUACUUUUAGACAAUCUGAUGGAUCUUGCACAUGCUCCUUUCGUCCAUACAUCUACAUUUGCUAAAGGAUGGAGUGUCCCAAGCUUUGUAAAUUUUUUGACUCGAGCAUCUGGUCUGCAAGGACAUUGGGAUCCUUAUCCAAUAGAUAUGGAAUUUCGACCACCUUGUAUGGUUCUUUCAACUAGUGGAAUCUCAAAGCCAGGCAAAUUGGAGGGGCAGAGCACCAAAGAGUGCUCUACACACCUUCACCAACUUCAUGUAUGUUUACCUGCAUCUCGACAGAAGACAAGGUUGCUAUAUAGGAUGUCACUGGAUUUUGCUCCCAUAUUAAAACACAUUCCUUUCAUGAAAUAUGUGUGGAGGCAUUUUUCUGAACAGGUUUUAAAUGAAGACCUACGGCUUGUGAUUGGUCAACAAGACCGGAUGCUCAAUGGUGCUAACAUUUGGAACCUGCCUGUAUCAUACGAUACGCUAGGAGUGAGGUAUAGGAUAUGGAGAGAUGCUGUAGAGAGUGGAGCAAAGCAAUUGCCAUUCAGCAAAUGAAACAUGGAACUAAUCCACGGAUAGACUCAGGGUCGUCUCAACAAGUUUGGGAGCUUAAAGCCAACUUUAUAAAGAGGUCUUAUUUUUUUAGUUAUCAUAUAUAAAUUGAAGUCGUUUGGUAUAGUGUUUUAAGAAUAAUGCUAAAUAGAGUGUAUCAGUAAUGUUUGCAUUAAUUAUUUCUUAUGUAUUAUUUGGUUUGGUGUAUUAAAAAUAGCAUGUAUUGCAUAAUUUUUUUUAAAAUUAUUUAUUUACAAAAAUACCCUUGACAAAUAUGGUGGAAAAGAUGUAAAAAAGCUU